AUGGUGCGUCGAUCUGUCCUCGUUUACGAUCUGCUUCGCACCGAGCAGCCACCCGAUGGCUUUUCUCAGAAGGAGAUUACAACGCACAUCAGCGAGAAUUAUAACAUCACGGCCGGCAAAACUCUUCAGAGAGACGUCGCCGUCGCUCUGCGUCGUGGUCUGGAUUUCGGAAUACUCGUUAAAAAGCGAAAUAAAUUCAGAUUUGAUCCCGUUUUUCAUCAGACUACAAACUUGAGACACAAUAUUGCUAGGAGAAACACGAGGACAAAGAAGAAAAAGAAGAGUGGUAAGAAAAAGACAUCUAGCAGAUCGACCGCAACUAAAGGACGACGACGGCAACGAAGACGAUCUUCGACCCAUGGCAGAGAUCGCAAACAAUCGGAUCCGGUACCUAAAUUGCCCAGACCGACCUCGUGGUCGCCGAAAAGGCGGUAUCUUGCCGACGAACCUAUACCGAAAGUCAUUAGGCACUCUUAA